CCGACACGCGAGCGCGCCGCGCGCCGCACACGCUAUGUAGAGUACGACCAGCUUUAACCGAAGGAAUCAAUAAGUGAGAAUUAUGAAAAGCAAUAAUAAAGUAAAGUAUAAUGGGUUCAGUAACGUUUAUUUGUAAUUCAGUUAAGGUCACAUCUUGCAUAUCAAAAGUAUGGAUAUUCAGAAGCAGCACUUAUGUCCGAGGCUGGUAGAUUACUUGACGAUAGUUGGAGCGAAGCCAUAUUUUUCUGGAAAGGGAUUGGCACCGGUGCAGGCGCCAGAGCUGCUGCGUCGCUACCCGCUGACCAACCACGAUGACUUUCCCCUGCCGCUGGACAUGGUGUACUUCUGCCAGCCGGAGGGCUGCGUGUCGGUGGGCCCGCGCCGCCACCUCGCCCACGUCACCACACGAGACACGACCUCCUUCGUCUUCACGCUCACAGACAAGGACUCCGGUAAAACUCGUUAUGGCGUGUGCAUCAACUUCUACCGCGCCGUGGAGCGCGCGCCGGCGACUGGCCCGCGCGACCGGAGCACCCUGCGCCGAGACUCCUGGAGGAAGUCCCUCGAGAGGAGCUCCGACUCCGCCUUCUCCAGUGACUAUAGAAGCAGCAACGUGGCGCCGAGCGACUCAGAGCGGGACAGCAGUGCGCCGCGCCUCGCGCCCGACUCCGAGAGCGGCGGCUCGCACACGCCCAGCCCGCGCGCCACCAGAAAGAGACAGGUCUCUAAAAAAGGAUCCACCAAACGAGUACGGAACCACUCCUUGACGUCGAUCUGCCUGCUGUCGCACCAUCCCUUCUUCUCCACGUUCCGCGAGUGCCUCUUUAUACUUAAGAAGCUGAUCGAUGCCUGCAACGAGUCUUCCAGUCCGAGACGCGUCGGCGCGUCCAGACAAUUGUUUAGGGAUACGGUGUGGUCGGUGCUGACGGGGCAGGCGUACGACAGCACGCCCAGUAUUGUGCUGCACGACGUGCGAGAGGUGGAGACGUGGAUCCUGCGUCUGCUGUCGGCGCCGGUGCCGGUGCCGGGGCGCACGCGCGUCGAGCUCGAGCUGCUGUCGCCGACCGCGCACGCGCCGCUCGUGUUCGCGCUGCCCGACCACACGCGCUUCUCUCUAGUCGACUUCCCGCUACACCUGCCGCUCGAGCUGCUGGGCAUAGACAUCUGUCUGAAGGUGCUGACGCUGAUCCUGCUGGAGAACAAGGUGGUGGUGCAGUCGCGCGACUACAACGCGCUGUCCAUGUCCGUGAUGGCGCUGGUGGCCAUGCUGUACCCGCUCGAGUACAUGUUCCCUGCCAUCCCGCUGCUGCCCAGCUGUAUGAGCUGCGCCGAGCAACUGCUGCAGGCGCCCACGCCCUUUCUCAUAGGCAUACCCACCUCCUUCUUCACAUACAAGAAGAGCUUCAGAUUGCCUGACGACAUUUGGCUAGUGGACCUGGACGCGACCAAACUCACGUGUCCCACUGGCAAUGACCAGGACCUCCCCGCGCUGCCCGAACCGGAGUGUUCCCAACUCAAAAAUCACUUGAAACAGACUAUGCAUCUGUUUGGGAGUGCCGGAACUGGUGCGAUAAGCAGCCUCAGCAACUCGGCGGCGGAGCAGGCCAACGCCCAGCUCAUGCCGUCCAGACGAGACAGCGUCGGCGGAGCCACCUUAAAAGUUCAGCCGGCUUCAUUUAAGGAGGGCCAGUCGGGGUCCCACAGCUCCCCCGAGAGCCGGCGCAUGUCCGUCAACAGCGCGCACUCGCAGCGGCUGUCACUGGCGUCGCCACACUCCACCGCCAACUCGCCACACUCCACCCCGCAGCAGCCCUUCAACCCGCUCAUCUAUGGCAACGACGUCGACUCGGUCGAUAUUGCCACCAGAGUCGCCAUGGUGCGCUUCUUCAACUCGCAGAACAUUCUGGCGAACUUCAUGGAGCACACGCGCACGCUGCGGCUGUACCCGCGCCCGGUCGUGGCCUUCCAGAUCAACAGCUUCCUGCGUUCGAGACCCAGGACCACGGCCUUCCUCAACAAAUUCGCGCGGACGCAGGCCGUAGAGUUCCUGGCGGAGUGGUCGCUGACGCCGUGCAACGUGGCGUUCCUGCGCGUGCAGACAGGCGUGUGCGACCCACGCCAGGUGGGCGACAAGCCCAAGUGGUUCGCGGCCGCGCUGCAGCCCGUGCGCUUCGCCGUGUGGGACGACGGCAGCUCGCUCAACGGCGCGCUCCGGCAGCUGCAGCGCCAGGAGAACCAGCCCACAGAUGAGAGCGGCUCAGACUCCGAAGCAGCCGACAGUACGAGCUCGUCAUAUUCGUCGCUCAGCGACUUCGUGUCGGAGAUCGCGUCGUCAGACUUGUCGCCGGGUGGCAACGCUCAACAACAACACGUUAUAGGGGAGACCUACAAUGCCGUGGUGCAAGUUCCCAUGACACUGUCCUCCUCGCUCGAUCCCAAAACGGUAUACAGUCCUCCAUCGUCGCUAAUGUUCGGCGAGGAGGAGGGGGGGAGAGGCAGGAGGGAGUCCACCUCCCCCUCGCCCUCCGCCUCCAGCAGCGAACACUCCGACCUGUCGGACGACGAGGCCGGCCGGACCGACAAGCCCGACGCGCCCGACACACACCCCCCGCCGCUCAAGAAAAGCGACACGGACAGCGGCAGCAUCGGUCGAGAGUCGGACUCGAACUCGACGACGACGCCCGCGACAGUCGCCAGCCGCCGGCCCCUCGCCCCCGCCGCUCCCACGCCGCAGUCUCCGCACGCGCAGAGGACCAGGUAUCAACAUGACUCCCAGAGCACUGGAGUAUCGAGGCAGGCAUCACAGACUUCGCUACUGGAGCAGUUCGCGGCGCAGGCGAAGGAACUGGUACGGGAGACGACACGACAAAGCAGCCAGGAGGGACUCCUAGCUCACAUGGACAAAAAAGGAAAAGCUCCCGACGAGGACAGUAUAUUUGCUCCUUUAGAUAAGAUAACACUCCACGCUAAGAAAGCUGCAGAGGAAGCGUCUAAGAGUAUGCAGGAGGCUUCCAAAUCAGCUUUAGAAGCGAGCAAAACCGCCACAGCCGUCAGCAAAAACACCUUCGAAGACCUCACUUACGUGGGGAAAUCCACGUUGGGAGAUCUAACGAAGAGCGCCAAAGAAGCUGCCGCCAAGAAAGGAUUAUUAAAGGGUGACAGCCAAGAAAUCCCGUCUGGGGCGUCCAGCCGGCGCGACUCGACGGCACUGCAGACCACAAACAUGCUGGCGACGACGCACCGCGACUUCUUCUCCAACAUCAGCUCCGACCUCAACGGCCUCGCCGCCUCCACCUCUAGCAUGUUCAGCGACUUCUUCGGCUCUAAAGGCAAGCAAGUGAAGGAGCCCGCAUCUACUGCGGGUGGGGCGCCAAUGUCGGCGACGUUCGGGCCGUUCUCGCAGGGCGCGCGCGGGCUCGUGCAGCGCUCGCCGCUCAUCCGCCACGCCGCGCCCGCCCCGCCCCCCGCCCCGCCCACAUCGCGCUCCGCCAACUCCGAGAACCAGGCCUUCCUCAACGAUCUUGUUCACCACGUGCUGGAAGGCGAGGGUGUGGGGUGGCUGAAGCUGAACCGGCUGAAGAAGCUGAUGGAGGACGAGUCCUACCGCAACAUGGUGCUCAGCAAACUCAACCGCAACUUCAACCGCAAGUCCACGCCCUGCGAUAAGGUCGACGAUGUGUUCAUAAGCAAGGCGGUGUGGAAGGGCACGCUAAAGGUGCUGCAGGCGGUGGUCCACGGUCUGGAGCACACGUACGCCAACUUCGGUCUGGGCGGCAUGGCGUCAGUGUUCCAGCUGACGGAGAUGGCGCAUACGCACUACUGGAGCAAGGAGCUGGCGCUGGCCGGCAUGGCGACCGCCACGCGCGACUUCGAUAGCCCGUCUACGCCGUCGUCGCGCAAGAGCUCGCACACCGAUAUACCGAUAUUAAAUUACCCGGAAAUGGACUCGUCGGAGGCGCAGAGCACAACAGAGAUGUUCAAAGACAUGUUGAACCAGAAGAGGAACCAGCUGUUCAGCAAAUUGGCCUCAUUCGACUCCGACGCGGCCCAGUCGGACUGCUCGGUGGACGACAGCGGGUCCAUCACCACCAACCGCGCCCACCUCGACCACCGCGCCUCCUUUAAAUCCAACCUCUCUGAUACCGAUGUCGUCUUACUCAAUCCGGGUCGCGGCGCAGGUGGCUUGGGCGGCGCGGGCGGUAAGGUGCGCGCGGGCAGCGUGUUCUCCAGCAAGUCGUCACUGAGCUCCCGCCCCCCGCCCACCACCUCGCCCCUCACCUCCCCCGACACGGCACGGACUUAUCUCUACCAAGGCCUCAUAGGCAAGGAGAGAUCGAACUUGUGGGAUCAGAUGCAAUUCUGGGAGGACGCGUUUUUGGACGCUGUGAGCCAGGAGCGAGAUAUGAUCGGUAUGGAUCAAGGAGCUAACGAGAUGAUGGAGCGGUACAAGUGCCUCAGCGAGACGGAAAAAAAGCGUUUAGAACACGAGGAGGAUAGACUCCUGUCUACCGCGCUCUAUAACUUGACUGCGGCGAUGGUUCUAUUCGGGGUGGAGCCGGAUAUCAUUCGCAACAAAGUGAGACGGCUGCUAGCAAAAAGUCACAUCGGUCUCAUAUACAGUCAAGAGGUGAACCACCUCCUGGACGUCGUGCAUAACCUGCAAGGCAACGACGUGGAGCUGAAGCCGCUGGGGUCGCGGCAGCUGCGGCGCGCGACGUUCACGGUGCACGAGGGCGACGCCGCCGGCCCGCUGCGCUUCAUGGAGGUGCGCGACGACGGCAUCAUACUGCGAUCCACGCAAGGUGCCAUAGUGGAGAGGUGGUGGUACGAGCGGCUGGUGAACAUGACGUACAGCCCCAAGAUCAGGGUUCUGUGCCUUUGGAGGAAGAACGGCGGACAGACGCAGCUGCAUAAAUACUAUACGAAGAAGUGUAAAGCGCUGUACUACUCGAUCAAGGAGGCAAUGGAGAAGAGCGGGCGGCGGCAGGACGCGGCCGAGCUGGGGGGCGAGUUCCCCGUGCAGGACUGCGCCACCGGCGAGGGGGGACUCAUACAGGUGUGCAUGGAAGGAGUCGGCCUCCUGUUCCACCACAGCAAGGAUUUCGAGUUUUUCGUUCGCCUCGACCACAUACGGAAAUGCUUUACGCAAAAUGGUGGCAUCUUCGUGUUAGAAGAAUUCAACCCAAAGACGAGACAGAUUAUACAGAGGAAAUACAAAUCUAUAAUGGCGGACCAAAUCUGCUACGCUGUGUUGUGUGUGUUCUCGUACUUCGCGGCGGGGCAGGAACAGAAGAAGGCGAUACUGGAGCAGGCCGCGCGCGUCACCGCCACCACCACCACCACCACUACCACUAAACCUACGCAGAGCGAGGGGAAGGUGCAGAGACUUGCGGACCGCGGCGGAGAGGCGCGGGCGACGGUCGUGAGGGGCACCGCGACCGACAUCUCCAUAGCGGCGCACCGCGUGCCGCCCGACAGGCAGACCCCGCCCGACAGGAUGCCCCCCGCGCCCGCGCCCAGACCCGACGCACCCCGCGCCACAGACCAAGUGACGGAGCAGGCGGCCGAAAUCACGCGCGAAGUCACCGAGCUCAUACGCGGGGUCUCCGAGCCGCGGAGUCAGGAGAGGACUCCGGAUGCGCAGCGGAAAGAGCGAAGCGAGUAUAAGUCGGAGCGAUGUGAGCAAAAGCCGGAGCGAAGCGAGUAUAAGUCAGAGCGAAGCGAGCAUAAGCCAGAGAGAAGCGAGCAUAAGCCGGAGCGAAGUGAGCAAAAGCCGGAGAGAAGCGAGCACGCAGCGGCGCAGCGGACGGAGAGCUUGCCGCCGCGCCGGCCGCCGCCGCCCGCGCCACCGCACCAGCGACUCAACAGGACGAUGUCGCAGGCCUCUCCACCCAGAACGCACGAACUACCAGCGAUUCCUCCCCGGUGCGGUGCGGGUGCCCGGCCGCCGCCCGCGCUGCCGCCGCGACAGAUGUCCGCCGCCGCCGACCUCAACGCCGCACCCGCCUCGCCCGCCUCGCCCAGGGCGAACGGCAGCCCUGCGGCAGCGCGGCGGCUUCAGCGUCAGGGGUCAGCAAGCGCGCCCUUCGCCCCCACCAACCCCUUCACCGCGCCGCGACACACCGACUUCGUCAUCCCCCAGCGCCGCCCCUCCGGCCACUCCUAGCUCUGCCACUGACGAGUGACGACCUGUCCGCUGAUAGAUACACUAUAAUAUUCACUGUAAUGUUUGUUGUUAUACUAAAGAGCAUAUGAGUAAGUCAAAUUACAUUCGCUAGUUAUGAUAGCGGAGUUAGAUAUCAAUAAGGUAUGGGGUUUUAGAAUUGAAUAGAAAAUACUUUAUUUGUACAACUUAAAACU